UAUAUAUAUAGUGAAUGGAAGUGAGUACAGGAAAAGGAAGGAAAUCAAAUUUGAUCAUCCAAACAUGGGAGAGAUGCAAAUCCUUGGGACGCAACAGCAAGAAAACAUCAACAAUCGUUCGUUCUUUAACACAUAAGAGCAAAUCAUGGCCACGGCUUCACGCUUCAAUGGUAGAAGAUGAUGAGAAAAACUCAAGAAAGAAGAGACAAGUAGCUCCUGAAGGAUGCUUCUCAGUUUACGUUGGAGCCCAGAAACAAAGAUUUGUAAUAAAGACUGAAUAUGCAAAUCACCCACUUUUCAAGAUCCUACUUGAAGAAGCAGAAUCAGAAUAUGGUUACAACUCAGAAGGCCCUCUUGAACUCCCAUGCAACGUUGACCUCUUCUACAAGAUGCUUAUGGCUAUGGAUGAAGAUCUUAGCCAGGAAACGAAUCCUCGGGGAUGUGGUUUCUCCUCCUCAUCCGCUUAUCGCCGUCGCAAGCCCGCUCGAAUGAUUGCUAUGAAUAAGUUCUGAAAGCUGAGGAAUAUACUUUUUGUUUUGUUUUUUCACCUUAAUUAAAAAAGGUCCAAAGAAGAAAAGGGCAUUUUAAUUUUUGGCCUUAAUUUGUUAAAUAAUAUUGUAGGUAUGGUGAUCAAGGUCUUGUAUACAUGAUAAGCCAAAAAGGCCACUCCAGUAUCACUAAGUUUAUUAAUAGUUCCUGUAAUAGUCUUUCAAAAUAAUAAAAUUUCAAAUUGCAGCUA